CACAUUUCCGUACCACAGUUGCUGAUCAAGACUCCACAAGUCAGCAUCACUAGCGUCCACCAGAAGUAUUGUAAAAGAAAAAGUUUAAUUUCGUUUGGCAACAUGUUAAAAUUUGUUUGCCUAUUACCCAUUAUCACUAUCGCUAUACUUAAAAUUACGCAGGCUCAAAGACCGUCUUUUGCUGGCUUAAGACCUCCAGGUGGACUAAGUCAGAAGGACAAAUACUUCCAAACUAAGAAUACAGCUGUGGAGAAUUUCAAUGGAGGUACAGGAUCCAUAGACCCAAAUUUUUCGCAAAAGAAAAUUAUCAACCUUCCUUAUGGAGCACCCCAAAGGCCGCCCAUAGGAGUUCCGCUGGUUUAUCCCUCCACUCCGCAUAAGUUCUCAACUUCGCCCAGCCCUGUAGGAUUUCCCACUUCAACUGCCCCAGAUGACAGCCGACUUCCCAUCGAUGCCCGAGGUGAUAGGGAAUGGGUGAAUAGAUUGAGACAGCUGCCCUUGGACCAGCAGCCCUUCUGGCUUCUAAACUAUCAAGCAAUCGAAGCACUAAGGAACAGUUCCAGGCCCAAUGUUGGUUAACGAUUUUUGAUGUUUUCAUAAUUAUCUGUUUAAUCAGAAAAUAACUGAGAAUAAAAAAAUUAAAAUUUCAA